UGCUAUCAUUCCGCUCCGGUUAAUUUCCUUUAACUUUAACAAUCUAAAAUACUUUUACCCACACUUUCUGCGAGGCAAAAACAUGUUUAAAAACAAUACGCGACACGACCUUUGUGUUCGUUCGGUUACAUAGCGAUAGCUUGAGCUGCAUUGGUUAAACAAUGCCGACGUUUGGUUCGGUUGCAACCGUCAAACGAAACAUUCAAACUACAACUCCCAUGUCAAAGAAAACGAAGAUGUUUCGGAACUGAUUUGAAGAUGGCAUAAAGUUAUGUUUGUGUAGAAUGGACGAGGAUGUUCGUCACGGUGCGAGUCGUGAGUUAGAUCAAGGUUUGUGGAGCGUUCUUCAUGCUGCGGCUAACGUCGGCUUUAGCUGGUCGAGCCGUCAUGGGAGUGUUAGGACAGGCUCAGCUGGUUGGAUCCGAUCGGAGGAAUCUGAUGCACUGGCAUUGAAGUCAUAGUUCACAGUAGCUCUGCGUUCGUCUCACCUGCCUGAUACGUGGAAGCAGCGCACGUGUCUUCGUGAAUAAUUGACGGUGGUGGAUCGAGGCUAGCGGCGGCGGCGGCGGCGUCGCUCGGUGAACGCCUGCUGCUGGCUGAGGUUAUGUGGCAGGAGAGGAGGAGGAGGAGGGGACCUGGAGGCGGGUGUUGCUGCUACAACACUCGGCUUGUUCCGUCUUCUUCACUUCUGCAGUCAGAGCUGUUCAAAGUCACAGCGGCGAAAAUAGUUCGCAUAUAAUUGUAGGUUCGCUUUGGGCUCUCGCUACUUUGAUCCAUGGGGUCAAUGUAUGAAGGUGAUGUCACCUGCGGGACCACCUUUAACCCGAAGGCGCUUUGAAAGAUGCACCCGGACCUGAACAGUGCUGCUAUUGAUAUCCACCUAUGUUGCUGGAGUGGCAGCAGCUGAAGUUGAAGAAAGAUGGACUGAAGUUUGGAUAGAAAAAGGUCACUCUUCGACACACAUGCUCAUUAAGAGCUCCGCCACCAUCAUCCCAGAGUCUACACUGUAAAUAGCAGCAGCGGCUUGGAUGCAGCUUGUGAGUGUGUUGCUGUGCCUUACCCUGGCAGGGGCUUUGGCUGUGCAAAAGAAGGAGGAGGAAGCUCAUCGUGUCGCCCAGGUUUAUUGGAGUAAACCGGUACCUCAACGCCAAGGCCUGCUAACCCGAAACUGCAAGCGGCUCUUGGGACUCUUGCAUCAAAAAAAUGUGGUGGUCAAGAAACUGGCGACUGCUGCUGAAGCGGUCAAGAUGGACGACAACCUGUCGGAACCAGAGAAGCUCUUUGAGGUUCACACGCUGGAGGUUUUCCAGAAAGAGUUGAAUGAGAGCGAGCGCUUGGUGUUCCAGGCGGUGCACAGUCUGAAGAGGGCGCUGCAGGGAGACUACAGGGAUAUAGUCAAUAUAAAGGAGACCAGCAGGCAGAGACUGGAGGCUCUCAGGGAGGCUGCUAUAAAGGAGGAGCAGGAAUAUGUGGAGCUGGUGGCAGCAGAGAAGCGCCAGCAGGAGGCUCUUAAGACUGCGCAGUCUCGGAAUAAAACUCUAUCCAUGCUUGACGAGAUCCUGGAGGACGUGAGGAAGGCUGCGGAUCGCCUGGAAGUGGAGAUCGAGGAGCACGCUUUUGACAACAACAAACAGAUGAAAGGGGUGAACGUGGAGGCCGUGCUGAGGGUGGAGGAUGAGGAAGAGCAUGGAGGCAAGAGGAAGAACAAGUCCCAGCGGAAGGAAGUGGACGCUGGCCUGGGCUUAAGCAUGCUCAUUGACUCACAGAACAACCAGUAUGUCCUGACCAAACCGAGAGAUUCAACGAUGCCGAGAGCAGACCAUCAUUUCAUCAAGGAUUUGGUAUCUGUAGUGAUGUUGUCUCUGCCCUGCGGCUGGAUCUGCACCCUGGUGGGUCUUCCUCCUAUGUUUGGAUACAUCAUCUGUGGAGUCCUGCUGGGUCCGUCUGGUCUGAACAGCAUUAAGUCGAUGGUGCAGGUGGAAACUCUGGGGGAGCUGGGUGUGUUCUUCACUCUGUUUUUGGUGGGACUGGAGUUCUCUCCUGAACGCCUCAGAAAGGUGUGGAAAACCUCAGUACAAGGUUCAUGCUACCUGACUCUUCUGAUGGUGGGAGCAGGGCUGUUAUGGGGCCAAAUCCUGAAUAUCCGCCACACCCAGACUGUCUUUAUCUCCACCUGCCUUUCGCUGUCCAGCACACCACUGGUGUCACGCUUCAUAGCAGGAGGCAGCAACAGAGAUAAAGAAGGGGAACUGGACUACAGCAGCAUUCUCCUCGGCAUGUUGGUGAUGCAGGACGUCCAGCUCGGCUUCUUCAUCGCCGUGAUGCCCACUCUGAUCCAGGCUCCCGGGGGAGAGGUGGACGGCUUCCUUUUCGAGAGCCUGCACCUCCUGUCCCUGCUGGCACAGGUCCUGGUGUCGCUGGCUGCUGUGCUUCUGCUGUGUCUCUUGCUCAAGUCCUACGUCGUGGCUCCGUUUUACAGAAAACUACACAUGGAGAGCAAAGGCAACAAGGAGAUCCUGGUUCUCGGGAUGGCGGCUUUUGUUUUUUUUAUGCUCACGGUGACAGAUUUCCUGGAUGUCUCCAUGGAACUGGGCUGCUUCCUGGCAGGGGCAUUGCUCUCCACCCAAGGUCACAUGGUCACAGCAGAGGUCAUGGGAUGCUUCGAACCAAUCCGGGAUUUCCUUGCCAUCAUUUUCUUCGCCUCAAUCGGUCUCCACGUCUUCCCCACGUUCGUGCUGUAUGAACUCACCAUCCUGCUGGUGCUCACCUUCUCCCUCGUGAUUAUGAAGUUCAUGAUGGCCGUGCUGGUGCUGUCAGUCAUCUUACCUCCAAGCUUGCGACGCAUUCGCUGGAUCGUCUCCGCUGGUCUGGCUCAGGUCAGCGAGUUCUCUUUCGUGUUGGGCAGCCGCGCCCGCCGAGCAGGCAUCAUCUCCCGAGAGGUGUACCUGCUGGUUCUCAGCGUCACGACUCUGAGCCUCCUGUUGGCGCCUGUGCUGUGGAAGGUCUUCACUCACAGAUGGGUCAAUCUCUCGGAACGCAAAAUUGUGGCGAGGCCGGAGAAGGUCCAGGGAUCGAAGACCUGAGUGAAGCGUUGGGCGGUGACGCUCUGAGAGACAAUUCCGGCAACAUUCACCUGACUCUUCGGUUGAUGUUAAACAUAUCAGUCAACCAAAGAUCAGCAAACUUGUGAACGAAACAAAGGAACAAUCUGAACUUUAUCAUUAGAAUUUAAAGUACUACGUGCCGUUCUUUAAAUGUGACCAAUGCUCAACACUGAUGUUGGCAACUCACUUUUACAUUUAUAUUGAAUUAAGGCUGAAUUGUUGUAGUUAUUUACAGAAGGGGAGUUUUUUGAUGACAUGACUUGAUAUUUAUUGCCUGAGAGCUCUCUCUUGUUAGAUUUUUAUAAGAUCUUAAUAUUCACCUCUGGUUUGCACUGGUGCACAUGCAGGGUUUACUUACUUAACGCAAGUGCUUUCUUCUUCAUCUGCAUUUCCCAUCAGGGGUCACCACCUCACAUCACCCACAUCUGUCUCUCCUCUUGUUUAGAAUAGUACUGUUUAGAAUGUCUGAAGGGAGAUUCAUGUAAGUGGAGAACCGAUCCACAUUUAAGAUUAUUGAAACUAUUGCAUUCUACUGAUCUCUGUUGCACAUUAGCCGCCUUCACCCAUGAGUUAAUAUGGAUUUAUUGUUCCACAGAAACUCUUCAGAAAAUAUAUAAUAAUAUUUGUUGGUUUUUCUCAGCUUACUUACUGCUGAUAGUUAUGAAAAAAUACCUAUCAGCAAAAAAAAAAUUUCACAUAAUUUGAUAACAGCUAAUCUGAUAUGAACAUAGAUGCAGUUCUGUACACCAUUAGAAGCUGUUUUUCAUGGCAAAGUCUUGAUAAAAAUGGGGCAAGAAUUAAAGUUUAAAAUCUUCAACAAUGCUUGUAGACCACCAAAGAUCUGCAAAGUUGCUAACAGAGGGCCUCAACGGGCCCCUGGGACAGUUCUUAUGCCCAGACCCGUGUUGCUCCAGCAGAACCCCUUCACCUGUUCUACCAAUGCCGAUACACAAGUCUAUAUAUAAUGGCAGUCCAAACUAUAGCCAGCUGCUUUACUGCUCCACUCAUUCUCCAGUGCUGUCGGUGUCUUACAUCCGCCAGCUAAUAUGAAAAGUGUCACUCAGUCCUUAAACGUGUUUCAUUUCACUGUGAUUAAAUGUUUGCCUUAACAAUCCUGAGCUACUGUUUACAUUAAUUAUAAGUUACCUGAGUGCACAGCAAACUGUUUGGAAUGUGAGAAUCUUGCACUGCGUAAAAAGUACUUGAUGUCAAACGUAACUUCCGACCUUUUGUUUCCCUUUCUGACAUCUCUGUUAGUGAGUCAAUCAUCAAACCUUUGUUUGAUGGAUGCCGUUUACGUAUUUGUCCUUUUGAUCUGAAUGUAGCGAGAAAUGUUUGGACUUCAUUCCAGUCACUUAUUUUAUUUAUUGAAACACAUUUUGAAUUAAAAAGGGAAAGCGACCUGGAUUGCUGGCUUUGUUUCACCACACAACUGUAGCGCUCCGUCGGCUAAAUUUUCCCACAAGCAGAAGUCUGGUCCACCUCUGGUGGCCUGACUGGUUCGUCCAGAUGUUCUUGUUUUAUUGGCUCUAUUGGUCUUCUCUUUUCACUGAACUGGUUUGCAUUUAAGGAUGAGCAGAAAUGGAGGAAUGUGGAAUAAAUAGUCUGACAAACCGGUUAUUGAAUUUUCAAGCUGAAGUUCUACAUUUUCAUCUUGUUAUGAGAGUCUAACUGUUGCAGUGCAUUAUGGGAUUUAGAGUAUAAAAGGCUGGUCUGCCCAUUAUUGGUGGGCCAUUGAAGAUGGAUAUUCAUUGAGUUUCAGGCAACUGGAGAUCUACCUCAACUAUCCAAGUGAUUUUUUUUUCUCUUGGGCUUUGAAAAAUUCCAUAAAUUGUACGCAAAGAAAAACACAUUCCAGUCUUAACAAUUCACCUGAGUCUUGACAUGUUCAUUCUUUCCAAGAAGUCAUAAUUAAAUUACAUAACAUUUGAAUUCUUCUGACAUUUUUGUGUAAAAUGGGUCACUUCUCUUAUU